CGUGAGCGCGCAGCCGCCUCGCCCGUCCGCCCGCCGCCCGCCCGCCAUGGCCCGGCUCGCCGACUACUUCGUGCUGGUGGCCUUCGGGCCCGGGCCGCGCGCCGGGAGUGGGGAAGGCCACGGGCAGAUCCUCCAGCGUUUCCCAGAGAAGGACUGGGAGGAUAACCCGUUUCCCCAAGGCAUUGAGCUGUUCUGCCAGCCGAGCGGAUGGCAGCUGUGUCCGGAGCGGAACCCGCCAACCUUCUUCAUUGCAGUUCUCACCGACAUCAACUCCGAGCGGCAUUACUGUGCCUGCUUGACCUUCUGGGAGCCGGUGGAGCCCUCCCAGGCACCAGCAUGCAGUGGAGAGGAAGAGGAGGAGGCCGGAGAGAGACCUUCCCCGUCAGCCCUGGUGCCCCCCACCCAGCUGUUCGCCCCCAAGACCCUGGUGCUGGUGUCCCGGCUGGACCACGCCGAGGUGUUCCGGAACAGCCUCGGUCUCAUCUACACGAUCCACGUGGAGGGGCUGAGCGUGUCCCUGGAGAACGUCAUCGGCAACCUGCUCACCUGCACCAUCCCGAUCACCGGGGGCUCCCAGCCGGACUCUGUGGAGGAAGGAGCGAGGACCAUCUCUUUGGGGGCCGGCGACCGCCAGGUAAUCCAGACGCCCCUCACCGACUCACUGCCCGUCAGCUGCUGUAGCGUGGCCCUGCUCUUCCGGCAGCUGGGGAUCACCAACGUCCUGGCCUUGUUCUGCGCCGCCCUCACGGAGCACAAGAUCCUGUUCCUGUCCCGCAGUUACCAGCGGCUCACCGAUGCUUGCCGGGGCCUGCUCGCCCUGCUCUUCCCCCUCAGAUACAGCUUUACCUACGUGCCCAUCCUGCCCGCGCAGCUCCUGGAGGUCCUCAGCACCCCCACGCCUUUCAUCAUCGGCGUCAACUCCCUGUUCCAGGCAGAGACCCAGGAGCUGCUCGACGUGAUCAUCGCCGACCUGGACGGGGGGACGGUGACCGUCCCAGAGUGUGUGCACAUCCCUCCUCUCCCCGAGCCCCUGCACAGUCAGACCCACAGUGCCCUCUGCAUGGUCCUGGACCCCGAGCUGGAGCUCGCCGACCUGGCCUUUCCUCCCCCCAGCACCUCCACGUCUUCCUUAAAAAUGCAGGACAAGGAGCUCCGGGCCGUGUUCCUGCGUCUCUUCGCUCAGCUGCUCCAGGGCUAUCGCUGGUGCCUGCACAUCGUGCGCAUCCAUCCCGAGCCCGUGAUCCGCUUCCACAAGGCCGCGUUCCUGGGCCAGCGGGGCCUGGUGGAGGACGAUUUCCUGCUGAAGGUGCUGGAGGGCAUGGCCUUCGCCGGCUUCGUGUCGGAGCGGGGGGUUCCCUACCGGACCACCGACCUGUUCGAUGAGCUGGUGGCUAACGAGGUGAAGAGGAUGCGGGCCGACGAGAACCAGCCGCACCGCGUCCUGCGCCACGUGAAGGAGCUCGCGGAGCAGCUGUACAAGAACGAGAACCCGUACCCCGCCGUGACAAUGCACAAGGUUCAGAAGCCGGGGGAGAGCAGCCACCUGCGGCGGGCGCCGCCGCGCCCCUUCCCACGCCUGGAUGAGAGCACCGUACAGUGGAUCAUCGACCAGGCCACUGCCAAGCUGCAGGGGGCGCCCCCUGCCGUGCGGGCCGAGAAGAAGGCCACCGUGCCCUCGGGGCCCCCCAUGGCUGCCAUCGUGGAGCGCAAUGGGGCGGUCCACGCCAACAGUGCCCGGCGGCUCGAAGUCGUCCGAAACUGCAUCUCUUACGUCUUUGAGGGGAAGAUGUUGGAGGCCAAGAAGCUGCUGCCCGCCGUGCUCCGGGCUCUAAAGGGCCGGGCCGCCCGCCGCUGCCUCACGCGGGAGCUCCAUCUGCACGUCCAGCAGAACCGCGCCGUCCUGGACCACCAGCAGUUCGACUUCGUGGUGCGCAUGAUGAACUGCUGCCUGCAGGACUGCACGGCACUGGACGAGCACGGCAUCGCCGCGGCCCUGCUGCCCCUGGUCACCGCCUUCUGUCGGAAACUGAGCCCGGGGGUGACCCAGUUUGCGUACAGCUGCGUGCAAGAGCACGUGGUGUGGAGCACGCCACAGUUCUGGGAGGCCAUGUUCUACGGGGAUGUGCAGACUCACAUCCGCGCCCUCUACCUGGAGCCUGCCGAGGAGGACGACGGCCCCUCUGCCAAGGGGGAGGCGGGCCCCACGGAGCCCGGCGCCCCGGGCAAGGAGGAAGAGGAGGAGGAGGAGGAGGAGGAGGAGAGGUCGGCCCUGGACGUGGCCUCGGAGCAGCGGCGCCUGUGGCCCACCCUGAGCCGGGACAAGCAGCAGGAGCUGGUGCAGAAGGAGGAGAGCACGGUGUUCAGCCAGGCCAUCCACUACGCCAACCGCAUGAGCUACCUCCUGCUCCCUCUGGACAGCAGCAAGAGCCGCCUGCUGCGCGAGCGCGCCGGCCUCGGGGACCUGGAGAGCGUCAGCAACAGCCUGGUCACCAACAGCAUGGCGGGCAGCGUGGCCGAGAGUUACGACACGGAGAGCGGCUUCGAGGACGCCGAGACCUCGGACGUGGCGGGAACCGUGGUGCGCUUUAUCAACCGCUUCGUGGACAAGGUAUGCACCGAGAGCGGCGUCACCAGCGAUCACCUCAAGGGGCUGCACGUCAUGGUGCCAGACAUCGUCCAGAUGCACAUCGAGACCCUGGAGGCCGUGCACCGGGAGAGCAAGAGGCUGCCUCCGAUCCAGAAGCCCAAGCUGCUGCGGCCCAGCCUGCUUCCGGGAGAGGAGUGUGUGCUGGACGGCCUCCGAGUCUACCUUCUGCCCGACGGCCGGGAGGAGGGCUCCGGGGGCAGCGUCGGGGGGCCGGCCCUCCUGCCUGCCGAGGGCGCUGUCUUUCUCACCACCUACCGCGUCAUCUUCACCGGGAUGCCCACGGAUCCCCUGGUGGGGGAACAGGUUGUCGUCCGGUCCUUCCCAGUGGCCUCGCUCACCAAGGAGAAGCGGAUCAACAUCCAGGACCAGUACCUGCAGGACGGGCUGCAGCUUCGCUCGUGUACAUUCCAGCUGCUGAAGAUGGCGUUCGACGAGGAGGUGGGCUCGGAGAGCGCCGAAGUCUUCCGGAAGCACCUGCACAAGCUGCGCUACCCGCCAGACAUCAAGGGGACGUUCGCCUUCACUGCCGGCUCCAUCUACACGGCCGGCCGGCAGCCUCGCACGGCCAAGGAGAAGAGCCCCUCCCUGAGGACCCUGUCACGAAACCUAGUGAAGAAUGCCAAGAAGACAAUUGGCCGCCAAUACGUUACUCGGAAAAAGUACAAUCCCCCCAGCUGGGAGCAGCGGGGUCAUCCUGUGCCCCCCGAGGAUCAGGAGGAUGAGAUCUCAGUGUCCGAGGAGCUGGAGCCCAGCACCCUGACGCCGGCCUCGGCGCUGAAGCCCUCGGAUAGGCUGACCAUGAACAGCCUGGUGGAGCGGGCCUGUUGCCGAGACUACCAGCGCCUGGGUCUGGGCACCCUCAGCAGCAGCCUGAGCCGUGCCAAGUCGGAGCCCUUCAGGGUCACGCCCGUCAACCGGAUGUACGCCAUCUGCCGCAGCUACCCCGGGCUGCUGAUCGUGCCCCAGAGCAUCCAGGACAACACCCUGCAGCGCAUCUCCCGCUGUUACCGGCAGAACCGCUUCCCUGUCGUGUGCUGGAGAAGCAGCCGUUCCAAGGCGGUGCUGCUGCGCUCGGGCGGCCUGCACGGCAAAGGAGUGGUGGGGCUCUUCAAGGCUCAGAACGCCCCUUCCCCAGGCCAGUCGCAGGCGGAUUCCAGCAGCCUGGAGCAGGAGAAGUACCUCCAGGCAGUGGUGAGCUCCAUGCCCCGCCACGCCGACGCCGCUUCCGGGCGCAACACUCUGAGCGGCUUCUCGUCUGCGCACAUGGCGAGUCACGCACCCAGUCCCAGAGCCAGGGUCACCACUCUGUCCAACCCCACGACAGCAUCAGUCACCAGACGGACCGCUCCCCGAGGAAAAUGGGGCAGCAUUCGGGCCGGCGGCCGCAGCAGCGCGUCCAGCCUGGCUGUGGAUGUGGGCUCCAGGCUGGCGGGCAAGGACUUGCUGGGGCCCCCCCAGCCCAACGGGGCCCCCUCAGAACCAGGCUUCCUGCGCCCCCAGCGGGCGGCCCUCUACAUCAUCGGCGACAAGGCCCAGCUCAAGGGCGUGAGGCCGGACCCCCUCCAGCAGUGGGAACUGGUGCCCAUCGAGGUGUUUGAAGUGAGGCAGGUCAAGGCGAGCUUCAAGAAGCUUCUGAAGGCCUGCGUGCCCGGCUGCCCCGCCGAGGAGCCCAACUCCUACCUGCGCUCCCUGGAGGAGUCGGAGUGGCUGAGCCAGAUUCACAAGCUGCUUCAGGUGUCCGUGCUGGUGGUGGAGCUGCUGGAUUCGGGCUCCUCCGUCCUUGUGAGCCUGGAAGACGGGUGGGACAUCACCACACAGGUGGUGUCCCUGGUGCAGCUGCUCUCGGACCCCUACUACCGCACCCUGGAGGGCUUCCGGCUCCUGGUGGAGAAGGAGUGGCUGUCCUUCGGACAUCGCUUCACGCACCGGGGGGCCCACACGCUGGCGGGCCAGAGCAGCGGCUUCGCCCCCAUCUUCCUGCAGUUUCUAGAUUGCGUGCACCAGGUGCACUCGCAGUUCCCCAUGGAGUUUGAGUUCAGCCAGUUCUACCUCAAGUUCCUCAGCUACCACCACGUGUCUCACCGCUUCCGGACCUUCCUCUUGGACUCAGACUAUGAGCGCAUCGAGCUGGGCCUGCUGUAUGAAGAGAAGGGCGAGAGGAAGGGCCAGCAGGCGUGUAAGUCCGUGUGGGAGUACGUAGAGAGGCUGAGCAAGAAGACGCCCGUGUUCUACAACUACAUGUACGCCCCAGAAGACACAGAGGUGCUGCGGCCCUACAGCAACGUGUCCAACCUGAAGGUGUGGGACUUCUACACCCGGGAGACUCUGGCCGAGGGACCCCCCUACGACUGGGAGCUGGUUCAGGGCCCCCCCGAGCCCGUGGAGGAGGAGCGGCCCGAUGGCGGCGCCCCCCAGAGCAGGCGCCGCGUCGUCUGGCCGUGCUACGACAGCCGUCUGCGGGCUCAGCCCGACGCCAUCUCACGCCUGCUGGAGGAGCUGCAGCGGCUGGAGACGGAGCUGGGCCGGCCCUCGGAGCGCUGGAAGGACACGUGGGACCGGGUGAAGGCCGCCGCCCAGCGCAGCGAGGCCCGCCAGGACGGGCGGAGCACCCCCAGCUCCCUGCUGAUGUCCAGCGUGUCCCAUCACCGCCGCUCGCUCGGGGUUUACUUGCAGGAGGGGCCCGUGGGCUCCACUCUCAGCCUCAGCCUGGACAGCGACCAGAGCAGCAGCUCCACGCCCUCCAGCGGCCGGCAGGCCGCCCGCCGAAGUACCAGCACCCUGUACAGCCAGUUCCAAACUGCUGAGAGCGAGAACAGGUCCUACGAGGGCACCCUCUACAAGAAGGGGGCCUUCAUGAAGCCCUGGAAGGCCCGAUGGUUCGUGUUGGACAAGACGAAGCACCAGCUGCGCUACUACGACCACCAGGUGGACACCGAGUACAAAGGGGUCAUCGACUUGGCAGAAGUGGAGUCUGUCACUCCCGGGACCCCCACCAUGGGCGCCCCCAAGACGGUGGACGAGAAGGCCUUCUUCGACGUGAAGACCACGAGGCGGGUUUACAACUUCUGCGCCCAGGACGUCCACUUGGCCCAGCAGUGGGUGGAUCGGCUCCAGAGCUGCCUGUCGGAUGCCUGAGCCAGACGGGGACCCCGGAGCUCCCGGCGCCCGCGCCCCCUCCCCCUCCCCGGCCCAGCCUGGGCUCCUCCAGGGUUGGACUUGAGCUUCCAGUCGUUACAAACCACUAUGGGGGCCCAGGGGGCAGGGCCAUCCAGUCUGCCCUUGUUUACAGGCCCUGCCCUCCCGGGGCAUCCAACAGUAUUGGGAUUCCGCACCGGGGUGGGGGGCCCCACAGAGCGUUCCCCCACCCACCCCCAGCCUCAGCACUUGACUUUGUACAUAAACUCCGGGGGCGUUGGUCCCCGUGAUGUCCUGACCCUCACCCUGGGGCAGGGCCUACUCAGUGAGCCCCUCCCCUCACUCCCAAAGACCUAGAGCCGGACUGUGCUGGGCCCCGGGGCCCCCCGGGGUGGGCCGGGGCUCAGCGUGGCCUCUCUCCACCCCGCACUGCCCCCCAGGGCAGGCCCGCGGGUCUGUCCUGGGCCCACCUUCCCCCCUGACUGUAAUUUAUUGCUGGUGUCAGGACUGAGGCUCCCCUGCCUGUGGAGGCAGCCAUGGUACAGUUCCCUGCCCCCCAGCUAGACUCCCGGGGGGGGGGGGGGGUCGGUGGUCACCCGGGUCCUCGAGGUGGGUUCUGUAAAUAGCCUGACCCUGUGGCAGGACUGCGGCCCACUGUCACUCGUGUAGAUUCUGUUCACCCCGGUCUGUAAAUGUGUCUGGCCCCGGCCCCCGGGCCCCCCCACGUAUUGUGUCUAGAACAAAGGAUUAUAUAAAGAGAGAACUAAUGGAAUUUAAUAAAAAAGGAGCCUUCCUGCUCUCUUGAGCGCCCCUUGCCCUUGGCCACACCGGGAGGGGAGGGGGGGGCGGCCCCGCCCGUGUGUCUCCCCUGGUCCUGUGGCCUCCAGAGACAGCUUCCUCCCCGUUGGGAGGAGCCCGGGAGCUCCCGCUGCCACAGGAGGGGGCGCUCGGCUUGGGGUCUUCCCCUCUAGAACGUGCCUCAAGGGAUGGCUCUAGUUCACUCCAGGAAGGGGCGGCCUUGCCCAGAGGGCUCCUGUGGCCGCCGGGUGACACAGGCAACCAUCACCCAGGCCGGAACCCUGGCCCGCCCCGGAGCUGUAUCAGGGAGGGGCUCGAGAUCCUGGGGGGUGGGGCUGGAACAGGGAUUAUGUAAAGAAAGGAAAGGGAAGAUGUGUGGGAAGGCCAGGCAGCUGUUAUGGCAGCGGGUCUGUGGGGCAGAGGUGUCCCAGAGCACGGGGUCCAGUCUCGGGACAUACAAGUGGGGCUCCAUCUGCACCGGAGGGCCUCCGGGGAAGGCCAACUUUGGGACGAGAGUGCCCCUGGACCAGGCUAGUGGGGCAAGGAUGCCCACAGCAGCCCACCCAGACCCAGAGGUUUCCAGGGAAGGAGGGCGGGGCCCUCGGAUGGGCUUGUGCUGGGGGCGGUUAGAGGAAGAGUCACUUCUGCUUCCCAGGGGGCCGUAAGGGACCCUUUUGCUCUAGGACACUUGUGCAAGGAUCCGGGGGUCAGAGGGGCCCCCUGCCAGUCCGCCCUCCCCCAGGCCCAGCGAGGCGCACCCGCCCAGGGCCGCUGGCCCUUUCUGAGAGGACCCACCCGCCCCUGGCCGAGCGAGCGCAGGCGCGCAAUUUAUACUCGGGGCCGUUUCAAAGUAUACAUGUGAUAUGUUUACCAGGAUUUUUAAGAUAUCGGCAUCUAGUCAGCAAAUCAAUCAAAGACCAAGGGAACAAACGUUCUGUGUGGGAGGUUAGAACCUGGCUCCCCUGCGCGGGUUCUGGCCGAGGGCCGGCGGGGGAGGGGGCCAGAGGCAGCAGUGGGGAAGGGGAGGCUGGCCCGGGAGGUGGCCGAGGGUCACACCGGCGCAUCCCCUUCCCCUAACGCCACUAGCUAGCUGGCUCUGGGGGUGGGCGGGGCUCUGGAUCCCAGGUUAAGUCCCCGCCCCCUCCAAGAACCAGGGCAGCUAGUCUUGUCUACGGCGGCGCUCUCGAGGGCGCUGGUCACUGUCCUGGUCAGUCUCUGCCGCUCUCCCCCGCCUUCCCCGGGCCGGGGGCUCCACUAGGCUCAUAGCUGCAACCUUGUUUAUUCGGGGUGAGUGGGGGGAAGGUGGCCCGCCACCUCCCGGCUCCAGCUAAGCCUUCCCUUCCCCGGCGCUCCCCGGCUCUGCCCUCUCUCCGGCGCGCCAACGGAUUUCUUAAACUGGCUGCCCAGAACCGCCCGGCCUGGGACUCCCUCUCUGCGCCUCCUGGGACCGGGUCAGCUCACAGGGCUGCUGGGUUGUGCUGGUGACAUAGCGAGCUCCGAGCCCACUCGACCCCCAAACUUCCCACCGGCAGGUCACUCCCGCGGGCUUUACGUUGGGGUGCAUCAUUUUCCAUUUCUUCUUGGAGGUUUCAUCCGCUUCAGCCUGAGACCCUGGGCCUCCGGGCCUCCAGACUACAAGCAGCAUGGCCGGAGCCGGGGAACCCCCUCUCCCCUGGCUUGGGAACCCUAUGCCUGGGGCAGGGGUGGGGAGGGGCGAGGGGCAGAGUCCAGGCCUCGGGCCCCAAGGCCGCAGCUGAUACAAAGUGCAAAAAUGUGGCUGUUCCUGCAUCCAUUAAAAACCAUGAAUAACAAGAGGCCAGAAAACUGCUCACAGAUCCCCCAUCUGCAAGUCCAGGGGGCCGGGGCCCACGCAGGCCGGCCCCCCGGCUCCCUGGCGGCCGCAAGGGCUGUUCCUGAGGCAGGCGGUCCUGUUUCCGAGUCCUCUGUGGGCCGUCUCCUCCCCGGCUGCUGAGGGGUGAGCGUGGGGCGGGAGGCUGGGGGUGGUCGGAGGGGGCCCGGGGCGGCUAGGGCCCGAUGGUCUACCUUCCUCCCUGCAGCCCCCACCCCGGGGGAGCUCGGGUUCCCUCCGCCUCUCCCAUGAGGCUUUAUUGCUAUACGGAGGCAGCACUUGCGCUCAGUGACCCCCCAGGCCGAGAGAGGAGACAGAGGAGAGCUCGGCAUUCGGGGAGCGGCCCGGGGGCGGUGGCGGGGAGAGGAAGCAGGUUGGUCUCGCUCCCGGGCACCUCCUGUGCUACACGAGACAAGGCGAACGUCCUUGCCCACGUUCGCUAAGAAAGGUUCCCUCGUGGCCGCCGCCUCACUGGUCCUGACCACCAGCUUUACCAAUGCAGCAUUUAUUAAAAAAUAAAAUUAAAAUAAAAAACCA